GCAAUGUUAGCUGUAGCUGAUUCUAUUUGUUAUCACACUUUCAUUAGACAUCCUGAGGAUAAUCAUCUUUACCUUUUGGGUGCUGAUGCCCUUUUUCGUGUACAAUUAAUUGAACUGAAUGAACAGCUUGAUUCUUUAAUUGAACGGUUGGUUAAUUUGCUUCGAAUAAGAUUGGGUGACCUUUUCCAAAACACUAAAAUAGACUCAAAAAUAGGUCAAAAAAUAGUGGGAUUUUUAUUUAUUAUCAAAAAUAUGGAGAUUAUUAUUUCUUCCCUAAUUAUUUCCAGCUCUGAUUUUUGUUCUGCUCUAAUGUUUGUUGUUGAUAUUUGUUGUGGCAAAUUGGCUGAUCGAAAUACUACAACAAUUAAGACAGCUAAUUUUCGUGCAAAUGCAUUUCGUAGAAUUCCAGAAUUGGUUUCUCAAUUACUUGAACAGACAAUGGAUGGAAUUGAUUCUGGACAUAUCGAUGAAUUGAUUGUUUAUUAUAAGCAAAACUUUCAUGUAUUAAUUCGUGCAUGUGUUUCAACAAGUCAUUUCAAUUUACUAUAUGAAACUAUUUAUUCUCGUGUACAAAAAGAUACUUUAUGCCGUUCUACUUUUCUUGAAAUGCUUGAAGAAUUUGUUUUAGAGAAUGUUUUAUUUCAACCUCCUCCAUCUUUAGUUAAUGAUUAUUUAAAUUAUUUACUUUGUGAAGGACAAAUACCUCAAUUUGAGCAAAGCGUUAUUCGACUUCCUGUUGAGUCUAUGGAUUUACAUCAACAUCAACUAUUCGAUGCAACUUGCUAUGUAUUUAACAAUGCUAUGAAGGAUUAUAUUACUCCUUUGAAUGAACAAUUUGAACUUCUUAGUCGUUUUGUACAUAAACAAGUUCUUUCGGACCAUGAGAUUGUUCAAGGCAACAAACUUUUGUUGUAUUUAAGUUGUUGUUUAGUUGGCCGUGCUUAUCCUCAUGGAGAUUUACCUGAUGAAAAUUUAGCUUUAACAUUUAUUGUACAACUUCGAUCAUCUUUUUCUACUUCAAGUCGUUCUUCUUCUCCACAAAAUAUUUCUCCAAAAUUUAAUGAAUUUCAAAGUUUUCCACAUUUAAAUAUUUUAUUAAAAUUCGAUGCUUUACAAUUUUUUAAUGUUAUUAGUACUUGUGCUGAUGCUCCUGUAUUUGCUAAAUGUGAAGGUCGACUUAAACGUCUGGUUGAUAUGCUUAUUUCUAAAUGCGUGGAAGAAGACGAUGAGGAGAAUGAGGAUAUAGAUUUAAUAAAUGAGCUUGGUCCUUUACUUAUUACUUUUAUUAAUGGAUUAUUACAGAAGGGUGCUAUCCCAAAGGAUAUUUAUUUGUUUACAAAGUUAAUUGAACGUGUUUUUCUACGCCGUGCUUUUCCAAGUCUUCGUGUUCAAAAAGUUGCCGAACAAAGUGCUGUAGAAUUAUUAAGACUUGUCCCAGAAAUUGACUUGGAUAAAGUCUUGGAAAUAGCUCAACCUGUACCAUAG